CCCCGGUGCGACCGAGCAACUCCGUGCGUGUGCGUGUGUGUGUGCGUGUGCGAGACCCGCACCCCGCCUCGGCCCCCCCUGCCCGGCGGCACCAACUCCGGAGCGUGUCCCCUCCUCCUCCCCGGCCCCUCGGCGGAGGGCAGCGAGGGAGCGAGUGGGGGACACCGGCCCCCGACGGCCCCGCACCGGCCCGGAGCAGCAACCAGACUUUGCCUGACACUGCGUGGUCCAAAAGAAUUAAGGAAAUAUGGAAUGACAUGAAGGAGAUUAGUUGAGGAUUAAAGGCUUUGAGGACAAAACACCUCGCCGAGGUGAAGCACAGACUAGCAUUCUAGUUGUAGCUCCCAGGAGCUGUGUGCUGAAAAAAGAUGGCAGAUCCAGGAAUGAUGAGUCUCUUUGGAGAAGAUGGGAAUAUUUUCAGUGAAGGGUUGGAAGGUCUUGGAGAAUGUGGAUAUCCUGAAAAUACAGUAAAUCCCAUGGGGCAGCAAAUGCCCAUGGAUCAAGGAUUUCCCUCUUUACAGUCACCUCUUCAUCAUCCCCCUGCAAAUCAAAAUCAAGCCAAGUUGACCCAUUUUGAUCACUAUAAUCAGUACGAACAGCAGAAAAUGCAUCUGAUGGAUCAGCCAAACAGGAUGAUAAGCAAUGCCCCCGGGAAUGGUAUAGCAUCUCCUCAUUCACAGUAUCACAACCCUCCAGUUCCUCAGGUUCCUCACGGCAGUGGUGCUGGUAGUCAGAUGGGAGUCUACCCUGGCAUGCAGAACGAAAGGCACGGGCAACCCUUCGUCGACAGUGGCUCCAUGUGGGGGCCACGGGCAGUUCAAGUGCCAGACCAGAUAAGACCACCAUACCAGCAGCAACAGCAGCAGCAACCGCAACCGACACAGCCGCCGCAGGCGCCCUCCGGACCCCCGGGGCAGGGCCAUCCUCAGCACAUGCAGCAGAUGGGAAACUACAUGGCUCGUGGUGAUUUUUCAAUGCAGCAGCACGGUCAGCCGCAGCAGCAGAGGAUGAACCAGUUUUCUCAAGGCCAAGAAGGCCUUAAUCAGGGAAACCCUUUCAUUGCCACCUCAGGACCUGGCCACUUGUCUCAUGUGCCCCAGCAGAAUCCCAGUAUGGCACCUUCUUUGCGACACUCAGUCCAGCAAUUUCACCACCAUCCCCCCACUGCUCUCCAUGGAGAAUCAGUAGCCCACAGUCCCAGAUUCUCCCCUAAUCCUCCCCAGCAGGGUGCUGUUCGGCCGCAAACACUUAAUUUUAGUUCUCGGAGCCAGACGGUACCCUCACCUACUAUAAACAACUCAGGGCAGUAUUCUCGAUAUCCUUACAGUAACCUUAAUCAGGGAUUAGUUAAUAAUACAGGGAUGAAUCAGAAUUUAGGCCUUACAAAUAACACUCCAAUGAAUCAGUCUGUACCAAGAUACCCAAAUGCUGUCGGAUUUCCAUCAAACAGUGGUCAAGGACUAAUGCACCAGCAACCCAUCCACCCUAGUGGCUCACUUAACCAAAUGAACACGCAAACUAUGCACCCUUCACAGCCUCAGGGAACUUAUGCCUCUCCACCUCCCAUGUCACCUAUGAAAGCAAUGAGUAAUCCAGCAGGUACACCUCCUCCACAGGUUAGACCUGGUAGUGCUGGAAUACCAAUGGAAGUUGGCAGUUAUCCAAAUAUACCCCAUCCUCAGCCGUCACACCAGCCCCCUGGUGCCAUGGGAAUUGGACAAAGGAAUAUGGGCCCCCGAAACAUGCAACAGAAUCGUCCAUUUAUGGGUAUGUCUUCAACACCACGGGAGAUGGGUGGUGGGCACAUGAGACCAAAUGGUUGUCCAGGUGUUGGCCUUGCAGAUCCACAAGCAAUACAAGAGCGACUAAUAUCUGGCCAGCAGCUUCCUAGUCAACAGCAGUCUUUUCAACAGCAAAUGCCAACCUGCCCUCCCAUGCAGCCUCAUCCAGGGAUACAUCAUCAGUCUUCACCACCCCCACAUCCUCAUCACCAGCCUUGGGCACAGCUUCACCAGUCACCACAAAAUACACCACAAAAAGUGCCUGUCCUUCAGCAUUCUCCGUCGGAACCCUUUUUAGAGAAACCAGUGCCGGAUAUGACUCAGGUUAGUGGACCGAAUACCCAGCUAGUGAAAAGUGAUGAUUAUCUGCCAUCGAUUGAGCCGCAGCCACAGCAAAAGAAAAAGAAAAAGAAAAACAAUCAUAUUGCUGCAGAAGGUCCCAGUAAAGGUUUUGGUAAGGAGGACUUUCCUGGGGGACUUGACAGCCAGAAUCUAAGCAGAAACUCAGUGGAUUGCUCCCAAGAAGAGAAGAAGAAAAAGAAAAAGCCCAAGGCAAAAAAAGAGCCGAAGGAUCCUAAAGAGCCCAAGGAAAAGAAGGAACCCAAGACCCCCAAAGUCCCUAAGACCCCUAAAGAGCCAAAGGAAAAGAAAGCAAAAAAUACCACGCCAAAACCCAAGACCAGCAAAAAGGCUAGUAACAAGAAACAAGAUUCAGAAACUAGUGCUACAAAGAAAAAGGUUAACAAAGGAAAGGAAGGUUCAGAAAACUCAGAUUUGGAAAAAACUCCACCACCAUCACCUCAUCCUGAAGAUGAAGAUGACCCAGGGGUUCAGAAGCGACGCUCCAGCAGGCAGGUGAAGAGGAAGCGUUAUACGGAAGAUCUGGAGUUCAAGAUUUCAGAUGAGGAGGCUGAUGAUGCCGAUGCUGCUGGAAGAGACUCUCCUUCAAAUACUUCUCAGUCAGAGCAGCAGGAAUCUGCUGAUGCUGAAGGUCCUGUUGUGGAGAAAAUAAUGAGUAGCCGUUCAGUCAAGAAAAAGAUGGAGACUGGAGAGGAGGUAGAAAUAGAGGAAUUCUAUGUAAAGUACAAAAACUUUUCUUACCUGCAUUGUCAGUGGGCAUCUGUGGAAGAGCUGGAGAAAGACAAGAGGAUUCAGCAGAAGAUUAAGCGUUUUAAGGCAAAACAGGGCCAGAACAAAUUCCUUUCAGAAAUUGAUGAUGAGCUUUUUAAUCCAGAUUACGUGGAAGUUGAUCGAAUCUUGGAUUUUUCACGUAGCACAGAUGAUAAUGGAGAGCCUGUAACGCAUUAUCUGGUGAAAUGGUGUUCGCUUCCUUAUGAAGACAGCACUUGGGAGCUCAAGCAAGACAUCGACCAAGCUAAGAUCGAAGAAUUUGAGAAACUGAUGUCUAGGGAGCCAGAAAUGGAGCGUGUGGAGCGACCUCCUGCCGAUGACUGGAAGAAAUCGGAGAGUUCCAGGGAGUACAAAAACAAUAACAAACUCAGGGAAUACCAGUUGGAGGGAGUAAACUGGCUUCUUUUCAAUUGGUACAACACACGAAACUGCAUUUUAGCAGAUGAAAUGGGGUUGGGAAAAACUAUCCAGUCCAUUACGUUUCUCUAUGAGAUAUAUUUGAAGGGAAUCCAUGGUCCUUUCUUGGUUAUUGCACCGUUGUCCACAAUUCCCAACUGGGAAAGGGAGUUCCGCACCUGGACUGAAUUGAAUGUGGUUGUGUAUCAUGGAAGUCAAGCAAGCCGGCGGACCAUUCAGUUGUAUGAAAUGUAUUUCAAAGAUCCACAGGGUCGUGUGAUAAAGGGGUCCUACAAGUUCCAUGCCAUUAUCACAACAUUUGAGAUGAUCUUGACUGACUGCCCGGAGCUGCGUAACAUUCCAUGGCGUUGCGUGGUCAUUGAUGAGGCCCACAGACUGAAAAACAGGAACUGUAAGCUUUUGGAAGGACUCAAGAUGAUGGACCUGGAACAUAAAGUGCUGCUUACUGGAACCCCUUUGCAAAAUACAGUAGAAGAGCUGUUUAGCUUGCUUCACUUCUUGGAACCAGGUCGCUUCCCAUCAGAAACCACAUUCAUGCAAGAAUUUGGUGAUCUCAAAACUGAAGAACAGGUGCAAAAACUCCAAGCUAUUUUGAAACCAAUGAUGCUGAGACGUCUCAAGGAGGAUGUAGAAAAGAACCUGGCCCCCAAAGAGGAAACCAUCAUUGAAGUUGAGCUGACAAAUAUUCAGAAGAAAUACUACCGUGCUAUUCUUGAAAAGAAUUUCACAUUUCUUUCCAAGGGUGGAGGUCAGGCAAAUGUACCUAAUCUUCUAAACACUAUGAUGGAACUAAGAAAAUGCUGCAAUCAUCCGUACCUUAUUAAUGGUGCUGAAGAGAAAAUUUUGGAAGAGUUUAAAGAAACACACAAUGCCGACUCUCCAGAUUUUCAGCUCCAGGCAAUGAUCCAGGCUGCUGGCAAGCUAGUACUGAUUGACAAGCUGCUGCCAAAAUUGAAGGCUGGUGGCCACAGGGUGCUUAUCUUUUCCCAGAUGGUGCGCUGCUUGGACAUACUGGAAGACUACCUCAUUCAAAGACGGUACCCGUAUGAACGAAUUGAUGGCCGAGUAAGAGGCAACUUGCGUCAGGCAGCUAUUGACAGGUUUUCAAGACCUGAUUCUGAUAGGUUUGUUUUCCUGCUGUGUACAAGGGCAGGAGGUUUGGGCAUUAAUCUUACCGCUGCUGAUACCUGCAUCAUUUUUGAUUCAGACUGGAACCCCCAAAAUGACCUCCAGGCUCAAGCACGAUGUCACAGAAUAGGACAGAGCAAAUCAGUGAAAAUUUAUAGGUUGAUAACAAGGAAUUCUUACGAAAGGGAAAUGUUUGACAAAGCUAGCUUGAAGCUUGGCCUUGAUAAGGCUGUGCUACAGUCUAUGAGUGGAAGAGAAAACGCUACAAAUGGGGUGCAACAGCUUUCUAAGAAAGAAAUAGAAGAUCUUCUUCGAAAGGGGGCAUAUGGAGCUCUGAUGGAUGAAGAAGAUGAAGGGUCUAAGUUUUGUGAAGAGGAUAUCGAUCAGAUUCUCUUAAGGCGAACACACACAAUUACUAUUGAAUCUGAAGGAAAAGGCUCAACAUUUGCAAAGGCUAGUUUUGUUGCAUCUGGGAACAGGACAGACAUUUCCUUGGAUGACCCUAAUUUUUGGCAGAAAUGGGCAAAGAAAGCUGAACUGGAUAUUGAUGCUUUAAAUGGAAGGAAUAACUUAGUUAUUGAUACACCAAGAGUUAGAAAGCAAACCAGACUCUACAGUGCAGUCAAAGAAGACGAACUGAUGGAGUUUUCAGACCUGGAAAGUGAUUCUGAAGAAAAGCCUAGCACAAAGCCUCGUAGGCCUCAGGACAAAUCACAGGGUUAUGCAAGAAGUGAAUGUUUCAGGGUGGAAAAGAACUUGUUGGUUUAUGGCUGGGGUCGGUGGACUGACAUCCUCUCACAUGGGCGCUAUAAACGUCAGCUAACAGAACAAGAUGUGGAAACCAUCUGCCGGACUAUCCUGGUAUAUUGUCUUAAUCAUUACAAAGGGGAUGAAAAUAUCAAAAGUUUCAUCUGGGAUCUGAUCGCUCCAACUGCAGAUGGGCAAACUCGAGCUUUGGUUAAUCAUUCCGGUCUGUCAGCACCAGUGCCCAGAGGGAGGAAAGGCAAGAAAGUAAAAGCCCAGAGUUCACAGCCAAUGCUGCAAGAUGCCGAUUGGCUCACAACCUGUAAUCCAGAUGUAUUAUUUCAAGAAGACAGCUAUAGAAAACAUCUCAAACAUCACUGUAAUAAGGUCCUGCUGCGUGUCCGCAUGCUCUACUAUCUACGACAAGAAGUUAUAGGGGACCAAGCAGACAAGAUCUUAGAGGGUGCUGACUCAAGUGAAGUAGAUAUAUGGAUACCUGAGCCAUUCCAUGCCGAAGUUCCUGCAGACUGGUGGGAUAAGGAGGCAGAUAAAUCCCUUUUAAUUGGAGUAUUCAAACAUGGUUAUGAGAAGUACAAUUCUAUGAGAGCCGAUUCAGCACUGUGCUUUCUGGAACGGGUUGGCAUGCCUGAUGCGAAGGCCAUUGCUGCUGAACAGAGAGGGACAGACAUGUUAGCAGAUGGUGGUGAUGGUGGCGACUUUGACAGAGAGGAUGAGGAUCCAGAAUAUAAGCCGACUAGAACUCCUUUCAAGGAUGAAAUUGAUGAAUUUGCAAACUCACCUCCAGAAGACAAAGAAGAGUCCAUAGAAAUACAUCCAAAUAAGCACAGUGAAAGCAAUUCUGAGUUAGGCCAACUCUACUGGCCCAACACUUCAACCCUGACUACCCGUCUGCGUCGCCUCAUUACUGCCUAUCAGCGCAGCUAUAAAAGGCAACAAAUGAGGCAAGAGGCAUUAAUGAAGACUGACCGCAGGAGACGUCGGCCUCGGGAAGAAGUGAGGGCACUAGAAGCAGAAAGGGAAGCUAUAAUAACUGAAAAACGACAAAAAUGGACAAGAAGAGAAGAAGCUGAUUUUUAUCGUGUGGUGUCUACUUUUGGAAUUAUUUUUGAUCCUGUAAAACAUCAAUUUGACUGGAAUCAAUUCAGAGCAUUUGCCAGGCUUGAUAAAAAGUCUGACGAAAGCUUGGAGAAGUAUUUCAAUGGCUUUGUGAAUAUGUGUAGACGAGUGUGCCGAAUGCCAGUCAAACCGGAUGAUGAACCGCCUGAUCUUUCAACUAUGAUUGAACCGAUCACAGAAGAGCGUGCAUCUAGAACUUUAUAUCGCAUAGAACUGUUGCGGAAAAUCCGUGAACAGGUUCUCCAUCACCCGCAGUUGGGGGAGAGGCUAAAACUUUGCCAACCAAGCUUGGACCUUCCAGAGUGGUGGGAGUGUGGUAAACAUGACAAAGACUUACUGAUUGGUGCUGCUAAACAUGGAGUCAGUAGGACAGAUUAUCACAUUCUGAAUGAUCCUGAACUCUCUUUUCUUGAGGCUCACAAAAACUUUGCUCAAAACAGAGGGACAGGUAAUGCAAAUACUAUCUCUUCUGUAAACCCUCUGGGUGCUGGCUGCAGUCAAACACCACCUAUUGUACCAUCCACACCAGUACAAGAAGAAAAGAUUAUAGAACAAACAGAGUCUAAAGUUGAAGGGUCUGAAAAUCCAGCAGCCAAAGAGAAGUCUGAUAUCAAAGAAGAGACAGAUACUGCAGAUAAAGACACUAAACUGGACUGUGAUGCUGAGGCUGAGCCUGGGUCUGUUAAAUGCGAACUGAAAGACAUAGAAAUGAGUACAGAUGUAGACCCAAAAUCUAUUUCUGAGAAAGGUUCGGAGGAAGAUGAAGAGGAGAAACUGGAUGAUGAUGAUAAAUCAGAGGAAUCUUCCCAACCUGAAGCAGGAGCAGUUUCUCAGGGUAAGAAUUUUGAUGAAGAAAGCAAUGCCUCUAUGAGUACCGCAAGGGAUGAAACGCGCGAUGGAUUCUACAUGGAAGAUGGGGAUCCCGCUGUGGUUCAGCUGCUUCAUGAGAGAACAUUUGCCUUCUCUUUCUGGCCUAAGGACCGAGUAAUGAUCAACCGAUUAGACAACAUCUGUGAAGCAGUGCUGAAAGGGAAGUGGCCAGUAAAUAGGCGCCAGAUGUUUGAUUUCCAGGGGCUCAUACCUGGGUAUACUCCAACAGCUGUGGACAGCCCUCUGCAAAAAAGGAGCUUUGCAGAGCUCUCCAUGGUUGGUCAAGCCAGCGUCAGCGGCAGUGAAGAUAUCACUGCUUCUCCUCAGUUAUCAAAGGAAGAUGCACUCAAUUUAUCGGUUCCACGUCAGAGGAGGAGGAGACGAAGAAAGAUUGAAAUUGAGGCUGAGAGAGCUGCCAAGAGGAGAAAUCUUAUGGAAAUGGUUGCCCAGUUACGUGAGUCUCAGGUGGUCUCAGAAAAUGGACAAGAAAAGGUUGUAGAUUUAUCAAAGGCCUCACGAGAGGCAACAAGUUCUACCUCAAAUUUUUCAUCUGUUACUUCAAAGUUUAUCUUGCCUAAUGUCUCCACACCCGUGUCUGAUGCCUUUAAAACUCAAAUGGAGCUGCUGCAAGCAGGUCUUUCACGCACACCCACAAGGCAUCUACUAAAUGGCUCUUUAAUAGAUGGAGAACCACCCAUGAAGAGGAGAAGAGGAAGAAGGAAAAAUGUUGAAGGGCUUGAUCUGUUAUUUAUGAGCAACAAACGGACAUCAUUGACUGUAGAGGAUGCAGAAGUGACCAAAGCUUUUGAAGAAGAUAUGGAAGCCCUACCAGCAAGGAACAUUCCAUCUCCAGGUCAACUGGACCCAGACACUCGCAUCCCUGUAAUCAAUCUAGAGGAUGGGACCAGGCUGGUGGGAGAGGAUGCUCCUAAAAACAAGGAUUUAGUUGAAUGGCUUAAAUUGCAUCCCACUUACACAGUAGAUAUGCCAAGUUAUGUACCAAAGAGUGCAGAUGUGCUGUUUUCCCCAUUUCAGAAGCCGAAACAAAAACGACACAGAUGUCGAAACCCUAAUAAACUGGAUAUAAACACCUUGACAGGAGAAGAAAGGGUACCUGUUGUAAAUAAGCGAAAUGGAAAGAAGAUGGGUGGAGCUAUGGCCCCUCCAAUGAAGGACUUGCCAAGAUGGCUGGAAGAAAAUCCUGAAUUUGCUGUUGCUCCAGAUUGGACUGAUAUUGUUAAACAGUCUGGUUUUGUUCCAGAGUCCAUGUUUGACCGUCUUCUCACUGGACCUGUUGUGAGGGAGGAAGGAGCAAGCAGAAGAGGAAGAAGGCCAAAAAGUGAAAUUGCCAAAGCAGCUGCAGCAGCUGCUGCUGUAGCAUCAACUUCGGGAAUCAACCCACUACUAAUGAACAGUCUGUUUGCUGGAAUGGACCUCACAAGCCUCCAGAACCUACAGAACCUGCAGUCUCUCCAGCUCGCAGGCCUCAUGGGCUUCCCACCAGGGCUAGCAACAGCUGCUGCAGCUGGGGGGGAUGCUAAAAAUCCGGCUGCCAUGUUGCCUCUGAUGUUGCCAGGGAUGGCAGGAUUGCCCAAUAUGUUUGGACUAAGCGGAUUGUUGAAUAACCCGAUAACGGCUACUACUGGAAAUGCCACUACUGCUUCCGGUCAAGGAGAGACUGAGGAUGGCGCUUCAAAAGCUGAAGAGAAGAAAAAUGAGAAUGAAGAGGAGAACAAAGACUCUGAGAAAAGCACAGACACUGUUUCUGCUACUGACUCUGCGAAUGGAUCUGUCAGUGCUGCUACUGCGGCGACUACCGCCACUGCCACCACUACCACCACCACCAACACUGGAUUGCCCACAAACCCUCUGGCCUUCAAUCCUUUCCUGCUGUCUACCAUGGCUCCUGGCCUCUUCUAUCCAUCUAUGUUUCUACCUCCAGGACUGGGAGGAUUGACUCUGCCCGGUUUCCCAGCACUAGCAGGACUUCAGAAUGCAGUGGGCUCCAAUGAAGAGAAGGCUACUGACAAAACUGAAGGAACUGCCUUUAAAGACGAAGAAAAUCUUGAAGGCAGUGAUGCAGAGGAGAGCCUUGAUAAAACUGCAGAUUCCUCCGUUUUAGAAGAUGAAAUAGCACAGGGUGAAGAAUUAGACUCACUUGAUGGGGGGGAAGAAAUAGAAAACAAUGAAAAUGAUGAAUAACCAGUACCAGUUACAGUUAAAGUGUUUUAAACUUUUGACAAGUGGUAGUCCUACUGUUUACACUCACAGUUAAUGUCCAUACUUAGUUUUUAUAAGCUGUUCUGUAACAUAGUGUAGCAAAAAAAAGUUCAAGUCAUGUUAUACAGAUGUGUCAAAAGGUAUCUUGGUCAUUAAGUAUUGUGCAGUGCAUUAUUUAUUAUCCCUAGGAGAGAUGGAAUUUGAGAGGUGAUCAUGUCUUUUUAAGGAAAUUGACAUAAUGCUCUGCUUUUUUUUUCUUUUGGUACCAUUGGUAUUAUGAAUUAAGCAGCGAUUUCUAAUCAAGUGGCACUAAUAGAAGGAAGUGCUGCUUGAAGGAAGGAUGAAGUUAUAUAUUUAAUUUUUUUUGAUUUUUUUUUUUUGGUUUUUUUUUUUUUUUUUUGCUGUGAAGGUCAAGAUGAAAUUUACCAUACAUAUCGUACUCGCGCCUCAUUUUGACUGUAUGGGAGUUCACCCGCUCACAUGCGCGCGCACACCCACACACACACUCUCUCUCUGACAAUCUUCAUGAUAGUGUGAAUGUCUCUGUCUUGAGACGCAGCAAUAAUAAGGCAGCUGUUGAAUGUGAAGAGUACCUUUUGGAAAUUAACCCGUGGAGAAGGUUCUUACAGGAUAAAGCUACAGUUUAAUCGUCUCGUGAUCUUGUAAUGCACUGGUAUAAACAAAAAGAAAAAAUCAGGUACCUUUUUUAAAUUAAAGGACUUUGUUACUUUAGCCACAAAGCUAAACAGCAUUACCUCAACUCUAAACUAGCCUUGAAGUUUACAGACAUGACUUUGUAAAUGUAUUGUUUUUCUUUGUUGUGAUGUCUUUUUAUUUUUUUUUCUUUGGAAACUGCUAUCAUGUAAGAUAAGAUGUAAAUUGCUGCCAACUGUAGUAAUGAUGCUUUUAAUAAAAGUGACCCAUGAUAUGCAGAGAUGUAAUUAUAGAAUGUAGUGUUUAGGGACAUCACAACUGGUGUUCGCUUUCUGUAUUUGCAUUGUGGCUUCUUUAUAGCAUUUUUCUGCUAUAUUCUUUAUAGAUUAGUGGCUGUAAAUGCUGAACUGAUUGUCUUCAAGGGACUAGGCAGGAAGAGAAACCUUGAAUUACCUUCAUAUUUUCCACUCUAAGUAACUCUACAGAAACGCACACUAAAAACCUGACUUUACUCCUUCAAAGGGGCAUGAGAGACUGAGAAUACUUUAAAAUCUGUUCAGCAUGUGAUAAUGUGGUACACUGAAGAACAAAAGGGCAAAAGAAAAAUGAGGCUUUAAUAGGCACAAUAUCUAGGUCAUUUAUCCUUGGUUAAUGGGUAGAAAAACACAAUGCUGUAGUGACAGCAAGGGAUACAAAGGCUCUGUGGUAUCCUGUAGACCAGAGCUUGUGAUGCCAGAAACCACUGUGUCAAACAACCUACAUGAAACUAAAACUGACCCACUUUUCAUAAAAACCAGUGCCUCUUUUGGAGAGCUACCGAUUUGUACCCUUUUGUGACCUUUUGAUAUUCGAGAUAAUGUACUAUUUGAGAACUUCUGUUUUCAUGGUGUUGUCACCUUGACACACGCAUACACAACCAUCUCGAGAGUCAGGAUAAAAGGUUAGAUUUUCAGUGGAGUACAUGAAAAAUUAGCUGUGGGUGGACCCCGUCUUACAAUUAACAUUAUCCCUGCUUUUGGAAUGCUAGAGAGCUGCAAACCUUGCUCUCAUGUCCACUGUGGAUUUGUGCAAGAGCUCAAAUGGACAAGUAUUGCAAGGCCAAAAAUUGGUCCUGAGGGGGACGUAUGCCAAAGGGUGAACUUGGCCCGAAAAGAGUGUUUCAUGAAAGAUGAAAGCAGGUGAGAAGUGAAGACUUGGGAAGUGAAUUUUGUGUGAAUGAAUCACAGGUACACACUGUUGAACUGAAUUGAUGUCAGGAUGUCUUGUACUGCAACUUAAAUAGAUUAUACGGAGUUAAUGAAGGUCAGGAAGGAUUCCCCCCCGCCAUGUACAUCACUGAAGGGCUGGUGACGUGUGUUAUUCCUGCUUCUUUAUAAAACAUCUCACACAGACCACAACAAAAAGUGAGAGGCUGAAGGCCAAGGUACAUGAAUUUAAUCAGGUGUGUUACUCCAUUGUAUUCGUUUGAGCUGUUAUUUGUUUAAAUGCCUUGUGUCUUUUUUUUUUUCUCUCUACCUUUAGAAUUCCCACUGUAAAAGUUCAUAGGUGCUUCCGAGUGUGUAUAUUCCACAUACUGGUACGAAAUAGCCUUUCUUUUGUUUUGUUUUUAUUUUUUUCUUUCCUAAAUUCAGUUUUGUAAUUCCCAGCAAAGGUUUACACAGACUAAUGAUAUCCCUUGGGAGGGCCCUUCUUAAUUGGCAAGACUAGAAAUUUUAUUGUUAAACGCCACACUAACCCCGUUUCUUCUUCUAACCCCCUUCCUCUGUCGUAAUGAGGGGAAUUUUGGUAACCAUCUCGUUCUGCCUAUAGGUUUUUGGCUCAAAAAUGUCCAAGUCAUGGCAUAGGGUGUCCAAGUGACAAACAGGAGUAAGCUUCACUUAUUACAAGCGUUCCUUUGUAAUAGUACUCAUCCGCAUUUCCUAAUCAAAGAAAAAACAAAACUGGAGAACUGUUGUGGUGGAAUGAACGUCAUGGUAGUGGGGGGAGCCCACGUACUCUGACUCUGGUUCCCAAACAGCCUUGCUUCCUGCGAGCCAAACAGACCACUCACAUGUUGAAAAGAAGGUGACAUUUGAUUUUUUGGAAGGGAUAUGAGCCCCUGGUAUGAAAAAUGAAGUGGGGGGAUUGCCAUCUAAUGUCCAAGAAAUGUAUUACAUGAAAAUAUGAAGGUUUUUCUUUGAUUUGACACAGUUUUUACAUGUUAAUUAUUGCAAAGAUUCUUACGGAGUUUUAAAGUGU